UUGUUGCUUUUGACGUGUUUGUAAAUUGCUUUUUUUUUUUUAAAUAACAGUUUAGUUGUGACGUGAGAAAAAACCCUUGAGACGCGCAACAGCUCUGACGCGCUUUGUGCUGCGCGUCUGGCGCACACAGGUAUAAAAACGCAGAGCGCACACCAGGCACACAGAAAACUCAGAAGAGAGACCCGAGGAGAACGCACAGACUUAACCCCGAACUACUGGAAAGUAUGCAUCCUAACUUGGUGAACUGGCUGGGGACUCUGGGGUUCCUGCUGUGGGCGCUGCUGUGCCUGAGCGCCCUGACCGAGGGAUACCCGGUGAAACCAGAGAACCCCGGGGAGGACGCACCGGCGGAGGAACUGGCCAAAUACUACUCUGCCCUGAGACACUACAUCAACCUCAUCACAAGACAGCGGUAUGGGAAAAGGUCCAGUCCUGAGAUUCUGGACACGCUGGUCUCCGAGCUGCUGUUAAAGGAAACCACAGACACACUUCCACAAUCAAGAUAUGACCCAUCCAUGUGGUGAUGUCACCAUCCUCAGUGCUGCCCCACAGCUGCUGACAUCCUGACCUCGCCUUCAUCCAAGUGACAACGCGACCUCUAACCUCUGCACCUUUUCUCCUGUAUCCUCUGUCGCCACUCCUCCCCCCCCCCCUGCUUGUAGUACCAUUGAAUUGUUAAUAAUUUAUUCAGUGUGAUCAUCUGUGGAUUCUAUUGAAACAAAGAGAUGGAAGGCCAUAUUGUUUGUAUUGUACAAAUGUGCAAAUAAA